CUAGGAUGGUUAUAGCUACCGAUGGGAAUCCUUCAGGACAUGUGAAAAGCCAUUGGUUAUUGUAAUCUACGCGGCCGGCGAUUGCAGCAAGCAAGCCACCAGGAGUCGGCCGUCCAGGUUGCUGGCGCCUUCUAUCUCAUUCUGCUUCCGAUCGCCGGGUAGAGAAACUGUGGUGUUGAGGGGGGAGGACCUUACGUCCAAACCGGGCGUCAAUGCUAAAUCAGACUUAAACACAAGGACACUGCGUUAUGCUUCAGUAUGUCAAGGUUGAUCGGGAUCGAGGUUUAUGAAUUGACCUCCGGGAAGGCUAGCGUCGACCGACAUGCAGCAGCAAGACAAACCGACAGCAUUGGAAAGUCCAGCACGGUACGACCAUUGUCGCAUGAACAGAAGUACGACACACAUGGUCAGCACUAGAAGAGACUGGCCUAGAGGCGAGCCCGUGGAAGAUACUACAAUGGGGACACAUUCUGUCGAAGCUUGCUCAGAUCUGGACAGCACUUGCAGGACUGCCACCACACGGUUGGCGUUGGUAGCGCCCAAGAGGACGAGUGGAUCAAGCUAUACCCCUCUCUAUUCCAGAAUAAUAUACGGAGCAGUCUGGAUACUAAGAUGUCUUCCACGGAGAAAGGUGAUGGUCCAAAGGGUCAAAGGGUCAAAGACGCCCCCAACCCCGGACCUGAGACGAGGUCCAGGCGCAAAGAUGAUGAUGCUUGCACUUCCCGCAGGAGAUCAACGAGAGCGGUUACCCAUCUGGUACAAAAGGAAAAGCAGGGGAAAAGCAGUAGUCCGUUUCCCGGAUGCACUGAUCCUCAACAUUUACCCUUCAGCUGGUGCUUCUUGAGACUAGUACUCCGGAUCGUUGGGGUGAGAAUUUGGGGAUCCGGUUUCCUUGUGACAGUCACCGUGAAUAGGCGCCCUGAUAAGCAUGCAGCGCGAACCACGGCGGAGUCCCGUUCUUAUCGGAACCAUGAGGAAUUCCAGUG